UGCUGAUAAGCGUGGGACCAUCUGCUUGGCACAUCUCAAAUAUUUUCAGCAGUGGGAGAGUAGCUCUGAUUUCUUCAGAGAAGGAGGCUGCAGCCGUCCUCGGAGAUGUGGGGACCCUCGGAGACCCUGCAGGCUGGCGGGGCAGCGGGGCCCCAGGAUGCGAAGGGGUGCCGUCCCUGCUGCCACCUCUGACCCUCCCUGAGCAAAUGGAGCUAGUGAGUCUGCACCCCAGGUUUUAAUUGUUCAGCUGCCCUUGGCAACCAGAAAAAUUACCUAAAGAGCCCCUGCCUGAGGCCUCCUCAUGGAUGAGUCGAACGUGACAUCAUUCGUUGAUGAGAGGUCCACGAACGCCUCCACCGCCAGGAAUACCUCUGCCGGGGACCUGCGUCGGGAAAUCCCAGUUGUGCACUGGGUAAUUAUGAGCAUCUCCCCUCUGGGCUUUGUCGAAAAUGGAAUCCUCCUCUGGUUCCUCUGCUUCCGGAUGAGAAGAAAUCCCUUCACGGUCUACAUCACCCACUUGUCUAUUGCAGACAUCUCGUUGCUCUUUUGUAUUUUUAUUCUGUCUGUUGACUACGCUUUAGAUUAUGAGCUCUCUUCUGGCUAUUAUUACACGAUUGUCACAUUAUCAGUGACGUUUCUGUUCGGCUACAACACGGGCCUCUAUCUGUUGACGGCCAUUAGCGUGGAGAGGUGCCUGUCUGUCCUGUACCCCAUCUGGUACCGAUGUCAUCGCCCCAAGCACCAGUCGGCGUUUGUCUGUGCCCUCCUGUGGGCGCUUUCGUGCUUGGUGACCACCAUGGAGUACGUCAUGUGCAUUGACAGUGAAGGGCAGAGUCACUCUCAAAGUGACUGCAGGGCAGUGAUCAUCUUCAUUGCCAUUCUGAGCUUCCUGGUCUUCACUCCCCUCAUGGUGGUGUCUAGCACCAUCCUGGUGAUUAAGAUCCGAAAGAACGCGUGGACGGCCCAUUCCUCGAAGCUGUACAUAGUCAUCAUGGUCACCAUCAUUAUCUUCCUCAUUUUUGCCAUGCCCAUGAGGCUCCUAUACCUGCUCUAUUAUGAGUAUUGGUCAGCCUUUUGGAACUUGCACCAUAUUUCUCUUCUUUUCUCCACAAUCAACAGCAGCGCCAACCCUUUUAUUUACUUCUUCGUGGGCAGCAGUAGGAAGAAGCGGUUCAAGGAGUCCUUAAAAGUGGUUCUGACCAGGGCUUUCAAAGAUGAAAUGCAACCGAGGCACCAGGAAGACAAUGGCAACACCACCACAAUUGAGACCGUGGUCUGA